AUGGCACCGCCACGUAAGCGACGGAAGGGAAAAGGCACAAAUGGUGAUGAGGCCGAUCAGGACAUCGACGACAAGAGUACGCUAUCGGCCAACGGUGUUGCAGGGGAAGGUGAGGGUGACUCUGCGGGUUUUGGCGCCGGGUUUACGAAGAACGGAAAACUGCGAAAACGGAAAGCAAAGACUGCUACAAACGGCCAUCCUCCAUCCCAAGCUUCUGCAUCCCCGCCAAACUUGCUCCCGGCUGCCGCCGAUCCAACAUCUGUGGACGACUCUGGCGCCAAUGCCGGUGGCGCGGGCUCUACACCAAGCAAGCGCCGACGAUCAGCUGCCCCCACCAAACCACCUCGCGAGAACUUGACCGAGGAACAGAAGCGCGAAAACCAUAUCAAGAGCGAACAGAAGCGCCGUACCCUCAUCAAGACUGGCUUUGAAGAUUUGUGCAUUCUUGUGCCGGGACUGCAGGGCGGUAACUUGAGCAAGAGUCUUGUUUUGACAACGGCUGCCGGUUGGUUAUCGGAUCUCCUGGAGGGAAAUAAAAGGCUGGAACACCAGCUCCGUUCCAUGCCAAACACUGCCUUUGCAAGAUAA